ACAAAAUGCGUAACGCGGAAGUAUUUUUGCACAUUCGCAGUCCGUGAUGUGUCAAAAAAAUGGAGAGAAUUUUCUGACCGUUUGCAUGGUGUUUUCCUCUGCCACAUAGUUGACUGGCAGUGAUUUUUUUUUUUUGGUAUUUUGAUAAUGUACGGAAUAUCAGACGGGAUUAGUGUGUACUGAGUGACGUUAAACGCCGCAGUGACGAAGAGAACCAGUGAGACUGAGAAAUGGAGCGACUGACAUUUAAAAGUGUGUGUGCUGCUUGAGGUGGACCGAGACAGCGGUGAGUCUUUGUCGCGUAUGCGGGGAACCAAUCGUCAACUUUAAUGCAGAUGGUGCUAACUGGCCAGCGCCAGCCACCCCUCAACCGUCCAGCCCUGACGGGUUUCGUUGGCCCGAUCUCCAGGUAGGAAUUAAGCAGUAGGCAGGGCCAUCCAGCAAAGUAGGCGGGAUGCCCGUUGAGGGUGGGAGCAGCGGCAGCUCUGCCUCAGCUGCUCGACACCCCAAACAAAAGCGCAAGGCUCACAGCCUGUCUAUCCGGCGCACGAACAGUACGGAGGAAAGGCCACCUGGCAUCCACAGAGGAGACAUGCUGGAGGGACAGGACUCCAAGCUGCCCCCCUCGCUACGUAACAAUCUUCUUGACCUGUUUGGCCAGAUUGAACGAGAGUUUGAAAAUCUCUACAUCGAAAACCUUGAACUACGACGGGAAAUUGAUUCCCUGAAUGAACGUCUGACUGGCGACGGACAGAAUCUUGAGGGAGGAGAUCCGUCAAAGGGAGCCCUGAAAACAAAAGCCAGCCACAGCACCAGCCAACUGUCACAGAAGCUGAAGACGACCUACAAAGCCUCGACUAGUAAGAUUGUAUCCAGCUUCAAAGUCACUACAGGGUCCAGAGCUUUAUGCCAUCUGCAAAAGGAGUAUGUUGGCCACCGAGAUGGAAUUUGGGAACUUAGUGUAACCAGAACUCAGCCAGUAGUCCUGGGAACUGCAUCAGCAGACCACUCAGCCCUGCUUUGGAGUAUAGAGACUGGUAAAUGUCUGCUGAAGUAUGGCGGUCAUGCAGGAUCAGUCAACUCUAUCAAGUUCCACCCCACAGAGCAGAUGGCCCUCACAGCCUCCGGAGACCAGACAGCUCACAUCUGGCGCUACAUGGUGCAACUACCUACCCCCCAGCCACCACCAGAUGUCAGUGCACCGUGUGACGAUGACCAGGAUUCCUCAGACAGAGAAGAAGGCGAGGUGGACUGUGACGGCGCUUGCGAGGUGCCCACUGUCCGGGUUGCUACGGCCACCCUGAAAAGUCACCAGGGUGUUGUUAUCUCUGCUGAUUGGCUUGUUGGCGGCCGGCAAGUGGUGACAGCUUCUUGGGAUCGUGCCGCCAACCUUUAUGAAGUAGAAACAUCAGAACUGGUGCACACACUCACCGGCCAUGACCAGGAGUUAACCCACUGUUGCACCCACCCCACCCAGCGCUUGGUGGUCACCUCAUCCAGGGACACCACCUUCAGAUUGUGGGACUUCAGAGACCCAUCCAUCCACUCCGUCAAUGUCUUCCAGGGACACACAGACACGGUGACAUCAGCAGUGUUUACAGUGGGUGACAACGUGGUGUCAGGGAGUGAUGACCGCACAGUUAAGGUGUGGGAUCUGAAGAACAUGAGGUCACCAAUAGCAACUAUCCGCACGGACUCGGCUGUCAACAGGAUAAGCGUCUCUGCCAACCAGAGGAUCAUUGCUCUGCCCCACGACAACCGACAAGUGCGCCUGUUUGACAUGAGCGGAGUGAGGUUAGCCAGACUACCUCGCAGCAACAGAAUGGGCCACAGGCGCAUGGUGUGUUGCACGGCGUGGAACGAGGAGAACCAAACGUGCAACCUGUUCACCUGCGGCUUCGACCGGCAGGCCAUCGGCUGGAACAUCAACAUCCCUGCCUUGCUGCAGGAGAAAUGAGGUCUGAUGAGACGCUAACACAAAUCCCUCCACGUAGUCCACCGUCUCACAUGUGCUUUGAAAUAAAGUAAGCCAUCUUUCAUAGUAAA